AUGGACAGGACAUCUUCUCUCCUCUCCACCAAUUUUGCCAUCCCGACUCUCGCUUGCUUGAACACUCAACUGCGUCGUCUCUCCAAGCAACGGGAUUGCGACCGAAAUUCGGACUCGCGCUCCUCCCACAUCGCUCCCGCGAAGCGUUCAGCAAACGGCAUCACCACAGCAUUGUUGUCGCCGUCGCUCGUCUUGAACGAGUCGCUUCAUCGCAUACUACUUCACAGACCCGUCCACGAUCGCGACAGCUCUGCCGAUACUGAGAUAGCAAAAUACAUUCUUUCAACGGCGCGAGCGGUCCCAUCCCACCCCCUCGGUCCAUUGUGCAGCUAG